AUGGCUGAUUUCGCAGCUGCUUUUGCCGCUUACAUCGAUAGAUGUAUAACCAAAUCUGUAAAUAAAUUUAGCAAACCACGACAAAAUAAUGGCUACUCAACAUCAGAUGUUUCAAUCUCCAUCGUUGAAUUUGAUGAACAAAUGACUAAAACAGAGACUGAAUUCAAAAAUAUUGAACAAAAAUUUAUCAAAAUUGAUAUGUUUGUUGAUGCACUCAAAAAUGACAUACAAUUUAUUCAUGAAAGCAUGAAUAAACUACAAAAUGAGAAAGACUAUCGUUUCAAAGGAUCCACUAUUACAUAUUCGAAUACUCAGAAUGGGAAUUCGCACUCUAUUUUAGAUUUUAGACUCAAUAAAUCAGAAUCAACACUUAGCAAGUGGGAUAAUGGGAAUGGUGGCAAUUCAUUUACAAGAUAUUUCCGUAAAAAAAUGCAUAUCGCUCGCAAAAGCAUUGGAUCCAACGGUUCUUUAAGUAGUAUGCAAUUAUUAUCACCAUCAUCAAGCUCAAGCAGUGAAAACUCAGGCCAAGACAGCAACAUGCCUCUGUUUUUUGAAAUUACCCGAAAACCCAAUAUUUUGGUGCAAACUAAACCAUUUACUCCUCAUAUUUGUAAUCAAAAUUGUGCCCAAAAUACAUUCAACGCACAAUCUCCAAUAUUUCGGGAUGAUGUUCCUUACGCAAUACCAGUAAUAUUAGGCUGGAAACGAGAGGUAGCUACUGCUCAUUGCAGAUACGAUGGAAGCAGAUCGGUUGCGGUCAAGGAGGUCAGCUAUGUGGCUCCAUGUGGAAGAAGAUUGAGGAAUAUUGAAGAAUUGGAUAAAUAUUUAUCGAUUACAAACUGUUCAUUAUCCAUUGAUUAUUUUACUUUUGAAGUUUACGUUGAACUGUAUAAUGAAAGUGGCAAUUCUCGUAUUCGAUGUAAUUGGUUAAAUAAUGAUAUCACUGUUGGACGGGAGUCUAAAAUCAUUUCUGCUAUAAAUUCAUGUGACAAUGUCGAAUUUCCAUCCGAUUUCAACUAUAUAUCAAGUCGCUACGAAGGACGAAGUGUUUACAUUCCAAGAGAUCCUUCUUUCUUAAUAAGGUGUGAGUGCAAUGACGAUUGUAGGAACAAAUCAACUUGUGCCUGUCAAAAAUUGACAAUCGAAGCAACCCAAUCUUUACCUGGACGAAGGAAAAACGUAACUGCCGGUUAUACAUAUCAAAGACUUAAAAAGUUUAUUGUUACGGGUCUUUAUGAAUGUAAUCCAUACUGUUCUUGUAGCGAUACUUGCCAUAAUAAAGUUGUACAAAAUGGAAUUAAAGCUCGUUUACAAAUAUUCAAAACUGUCCGUCGUGGAUGGGGUGUUAGGUGUUUACAUGAUAUACCUGCUGGUGCAUUUGUGUGUACAUAUUCGGGCGAAGUUAUGACUGAACAUGCAGCUAAUCAUUAUGCUUCUGUCUAUGGAGAUGAAUAUUUAGCUGAUUUGGAUUUAAUUGAUAUUUGUGAAGCUGCUAAAGAAGGCUAUGAAUCAGCUCCUGUAGAGGAAAUUUCAAGUGACGAUGAUGCUGAUGAGCCUGAUGAUGCAAAAGAUGAAGACUAUAAUGAUGAAGAUCAAGAGUCAGAUGAAUCAUUUUCUUCCGUUAAAGUAAAAUCUAAUCGAAGGAAAGCGAAAAACAAUGUUCUUAAAAAAGUGAACAACUCAUCUAGUCUUGAUCAUUUACAAAACACAAAUAUCAAUAUAAAAAGAAAUGGUAAUCAUAGCGGGAUCAGAGGUGGAGCAAUGAGUACUUAUAGAUCUAUGAAUGCAUUGAAAAUGUCGGAUGGAGCUAUGAAAUUCAAAUCUAUCAGAUCUAUGCACGAUGAAGAUUUUUCUUAUACCUUGGAUGCUAAACGAUUUGGAAAUAUUGGUAGAUUUUUAAAUCACUCGUGUUCACCUAAUUGUUUUGCUCAAAGUGUUUUUGUUGACACACACGAUUUAAGAUUUCCGUGGGUUGCUUUUUUUGCCAAUGAAUUCAUCCCAGCCUACAGUGAAUUAACAUGGGACUACAACUAUGAAAUAGGAUCUGUUGAAGGAAAAAUGAUCAAAUGUUAUUGCAAUUCAACUGAAUGUCGUUAUCGCUUACUCUGA